AUGAAUGGCAGUCGAAGUGUUGAAGAUAAUAGUAAAAAUAUUAGAGGCGGCUGGUAUAACAAACGACGACAGUAUCGAUCGGUAGCAUUCGGUACCUGGAAAGUUGGUGAUGCUCGAGAUUUUUCUAUUAAACGCGGUAUUUCCGAAGGUGAAGGACAAUUAAUUCGAUCAUUAAAAACAAAUCAAAAUUAUUCGAUGACAACUGCAACCAAUCAAUUUUGUAUAUUAAAUGCAAGAAAAUUUGGAAUUCCAAUUAAUUAUAAUUGUAAUAAUUGUUUGGAUGAUACAAUAACAUCGAUAAAACAUGAAAGUAUUAUGCGACGAGGAAUGACUAAAGAAGGGCGAAGAGGAGGAAUACCUGAAUUCAAAUGUGUUAAUAUAUCAGAUCAUGAAAUAAUUAAUCGAAAAGGGAAAAAAUUGACCGAAUGCGAUGAUCAAGGCUUAAAUCGAUCAUAUGGCUCUUUAAGUCAACGAAAAAAAGAUAAAAUUAUAACAAGUAUACAAAGGGUACAUCAAAGAUCUCGUAGUGUUGGCAACGAUAAUCAUUUCUCACUUUGCUUAUCACCGUCUAAGCAAAGUCUCGGCAAUAUGUCGUCAACUCGAUGCAGUAAUCACUCAGGUGGCAAUAUCGGUAGCAGUAACGGCACUCAUCGUGGUUAUGGUACCAAUGGUAGCAGUGGUGGAUUGUUAAAUCCACUUAAAGCAACGAAAAAAUUUUUCAGAAAGAUAUAUGAUACGGCAACAUUGCCCAGCCGAUUACAUUCAAAAAUAUUAGCUUCAAGUGUAAUAGAGAAAAAUGAAAUUCCAACAACAUCAGUAUCAUCACAAUAUUCAUUUCUUGACGCUAGUUAUUCAUUAGAAAUACCAGAUGAUGAGCCAUCUUAUCAGUAUGAUAAUGAUAUUACUAAUCAAGAUGCGACAAAUUGUUCCACUACUGUCAAUCAUGAUUCUGAUUUAGCGCCAUCGGCUCUGAAACCAAUUAUCAUAACUGAUGAUACAAUGAAUGAUUCGGGUUUGUCACGUUCAAUAAGUUCCAAUGACUCACAAAAGACUUCUUUUGGUGAUUUUCGGUCUUGGAAUGAAGUGUUUAAUCAUCUCAAACGUGAAAUGGCUUAUAUGCGACAACGUGAUGCGCAAAUUUUUGCGGACUUACAAUUUGUGGAACAUCAAUUACGAAAUGUGAAAAAUCAAACUAUGGCAAAAUCCGAUUAUAUUAUGAGCAACAAUAAUAAUAAUAGUUAUAGCAUAAAUAUUAAUAAUGCUAAUAAUGAUGGUUAUAUUUUAAAUAAACGACAAAUUAAAUUAGGCGAUUUAGUUGAAAGUAUGCCGUUAUGA